AUGGGUGGACACUCGAUCAACGACGCGUACGAAAAGCUGGAAAAGAUCGGACAGGGGACGUACGGGAAGGUGUACAAGGCCCGGGAUCGAGCGACCGGAAGGUUGGUGGCGCUGAAGAAGACGCGAUUGGAGAUGGAGGAGGAGGGGGUGCCGUCGACGGCGCUGCGAGAGGUGUCGUUGUUGCAAAUGUUGAGCGAGUCGCCGUACAUCGUUCGAUUAUUGCGCGUGGAGCACGUCGAGGAGGACGGGAAGGCGAUGUUGUACCUUGUGUUUGAAUUCUUGGAUCAAGAUUUGAAGCAGUUCAUGGAUCUCACGGGAAGGGGGCCGUCGAACCCGCUGCCGACGACGACGGUGCAAAACUACAUGUAUCAGCUCUGUUUAGGGUGCGCGCACUUGCACAAGCACGGGGUGAUGCACCGCGAUCUGAAGCCGCAGAACAUGUUGGUGGAUAAGGCGAAGAACUUGCUCAAGAUUGCGGAUCUUGGUCUCGGUAGGGCGUUCAGUGUGCCGGUGAAGAGUUACACGCACGAGAUCGUGACGCUGUGGUAUCGCGCGCCCGAGGUGUUGCUUGGCGGGUCACACUACUCAACUCCGGUCGAUAUGUGGAGCGUUGGGUGCAUGUUCGCCGAGAUGGCGCGCAAGCAACCGUUGUUUCCGGGUGAUUCCGAGCUGCAGCAGCUCUUGCACAUCUUUAAGCUGCUAGGGACGCCGAGCGAGCAAGUGUGGCCGGGCGUCUCAAACCUUCGAGACUGGCACGAGUUCCCGCAAUGGAAGCCGCAAGACUUGGCCAAGCUGAUCCCUCAGCUGGACGCGCACGGCAUCGAUCUGCUUCAAAAGCUUCUCGUUUUUGAUCCGGCGAAGCGCAUUCACGCCACGGACGCUCUCGAGCAUCCGUAUUUUGACUCGCUCGACAAGACGCAAUUCGAGAAGAUCGAGCGCGAGUUCGAGAUCGAGUUCCUUCGCGAGAAAGAGAACCGUAUGGCGCAGUAA